AUGGGCAUAUUGCAGCGUCUGGAGCGUGUUUCUGUCCUGUCAUGGGGAGGCAGCGAAUCAAGCGCCAACAUAAGCGGUGAACAGUCUCAGGGAUUCGCUCAUGGCUCGGGUUCGGAAGAGCGCAAGCGCGAUGACCUGGAAGAUCUGCAGCAUCCUCGCCCUGCACCGGCUAUCUGA